AUGGCGCUGCCCCCGUUGAACGAGCCCACCAUUGAUUACGGUUUCCAGCGGCUGCAGAAGGUGAUCCCCAGGCACCCGGGAGACCCCGAGAGGUUACCAAAGGAGGUCUUGCUGAAGAGAGCAGCUGACCUUGUUGAAGCCCUCUAUGGAAUGCCUCACAACAACCAGGAGAUCAUCCUGAAGAGGGCGGCCGACAUCGCCGAGGCGCUCUACAGCGUUCCCCGCAACCACAACCAGAUCCCGUCGCUCGCCAACACUGCCUCCCACGGCAUGAUGGGAGUGAACUCCUUCAGCAGCCAGCUGGCCGUCAACGUGUCCGAGGCCCAGGGCAACGACCAAGGCUACAGCCGGAACACCAGCAGCGUGUCCCCCCGAGGCUACAUCUCCAGCACCACCCCGCAGCAGUCCAGCUACAACACCGUCAGCAACAGCAUGAACGGCUACGGCAACGCUGGCAUGAACCUCGGGGUCCCCAGCUCCCCGGGCUUCCUCAAUGGCUCCUCCGCCAACUCCCCGUAUGGAAUUAAACAAAAGAGCGCCUUCGCUCCUGUGGUCCGACCUCAGGCAUCCCCCCCCCCUUCCUGCACCAGUGCCAACGGCAACGGACUGCAAGCUAUGUCCGGCCUGGUUGUGCCCCCUAUGUAAAUAAAUGCACUUUUAGAAAAAAAAAAUCUCAAGCACCAAUCGACUCACUACCACUUCCCUGGACUGUCCCUUGUAGCACCCAGCAGCAAUGCUGGUGCAUUGUAUAGUAAGCAGCAUAUUGUCUUUUUAACAUGAAGGAAGAAGAAAAGGAAAAAAACAAAAGUUUUUUUUUUUUAAGGACUUGGACUUAAAACACGGAAGGAUUUCUCACUAUGGAUAUUUUUUUUGUCUGAGGGAAUUUUUUUGUCUUUCUUUUUUUUGUCUUUAUUUGAUCAACAGUGAAGAGGACACGAGACAAGUGUUUAUUUUAUAUACCUGGUGGUUGAGGUUUGACCUUGGCUACGGCUAGAGGUCAAUUCAGCCAUUCAUUCAGUACUGGAAGAUACUCUGUGGACUCACCAUUCGGUUGUAUAGUAAAAAAAAAAAUAACUGAUGUAUUGUACAGUACGUUUCAACUUAUUUGCCUCAGAAAUUGUUUUAUGUUUCAACUCUCUUUGAAUAGAUUCACAGUUGUGUGUCUUUAUAAUGUGACUUUUUUGUAUUUUUAUGUGUGAGAAAAAUAACCAAGGGCCAAGUUUGAAUUUCAACUGGAAAAAUAUAUGGAAUAUAUAAUGUAGAAAAACCGAUCACAAAUUACAACAAAUACACGUUAAGGGGUAGGGAAGCUGGGCGGGUAAGUUUGUAUCAUGUUUCAUUCCUGCAUUUUAAAUUAAAUUUUGUAAUUUAUUGUAGCUAGAACUCAUCUUCAAAAAAAAAAGAAAAAAAAAGAAAAACAAACAAAAUACAAAUGAAAAAAAAAUCUCUUUGAGUCAACAAAGCACACUGAUGUGUAUAAAACACUUUGCUGUGUUGAUAAAACCGAUGUACUUCUACGUCUAGAGCUUCCUUUUAAGCAAGUGUGUUUUGUCAUGUUUUCCACUUUUUUGCUAGCACUGUAUAUUAAUGCAUUCCUAGGCUACUGUGAAGUUUCUUGUUGACAGAGGUCGCAGCCUCCUCCUCUUCCUCCUCCUCCUCGCUCCAAAAUCCCGUAUGUGUUUUCUAUGUGGUUAUAAAAAUUGUAGACUAUUGUGAUAUUGCCAAACUUGUGCUAAAUAUUUAUACAUCUGUCCUUUUUCCAUGUUCUUUUAGAAAUCAACAAAACUUUGAAAAAACGUAAAAUUGAAAUCCAUUUCAGAUUGUAGGUUUAUGGUAGCUCAUCGUCAUCUUUGCGUUCCAAUACACACUUGCGCUCACUGAGGGAAAUUUUGUAACAUAUCAACUAUAAAUAAUGUAUUUAUCUCCGAAAUUUUGUAUAUUGCUUUUCAUUAUGUAUGUAUUAAUCGUCAUGCCCUUGGUAUAGUGAUGCAGCACAGAUACUCCAGCCAAGAACUGUUGCCUUCAUUUCGUUUUGUUUUCCCUUUUUUGUAUUUGAUGAACUGCAAUGUCCAUAUAUUUCACGUGUAUCCUCGAAAAAACUACUUGUUUCACUCUGUCAAGACUCUCUGUCCAAUUUUGAAAAAAAAGGGGUGGGGGGGAAGUCAAACUUCAUUGUUUAUUUUUAUAUUGAUUUUAAAUUAUCUAUACAGGCCAUUUUGGAGAAAAAAAACUUUGUUGGUUGUAUUGUCAAAUAAAUUGUUUGUGACCCAUAUGAUAGUUGUUAAGAUCCAAUAGACUAAUGUGCAUGAGGGAAACAACCUUGGAGGGGAACAUGAACUCACUCCCAUCUGUGGUUGUAAAAUCUUUCUGUUUUUGUAGACUUGUAUGGAGGCCAUUUUUACUCACCAAGUAUGACUCUGCCACAAUAGCUUAACAUGUGUUUACAGGGAAAGAAAACGUCAAAAAAUGCCACAGUUUGGAAUGAAACCCAGAAAUGAAUAAGUGAUGUUUUAUUAAAAGUUUUCAGUAAAAAACAACAACACACACAGUAGUUCCUCUCGAAUGUGGAAUUCUUGCUGGCUGAAAAACUGGCAACAAAAGAGAAAGCAAAGCCUGAAUCACGACACGGACGACGAAGAAGGAUUAGCCAGUGAUUUGUCUAACGGUAGUAGUGUUUAGACUUUACCACAUUACUGUUACUGCAACCUAACGGACGUGUAAUACCCAUUAAAAGUUGAGAUUUCUCUUACUCCUUAUUUUCUUUGAAACAACUAUUUCCAUACAUUUACUAUCAGCACACACUUCACUUGUGGCGUUUUUCCCCAACAUCCAUUGUAGUGUCUCUCAUAAAUGGUGCACGCUUUUUAAUUUAUUUUAUUCAAAGCAACCCCCUGCCUCAUUCAAAUCCCCCUCAUUUCGCCACAUUAAGCCACCUCGUUAAUAAAAAAUCGAUGCAUCGAAAGAGCAAGGUUAUCCAUUGUCUAUAAGGACUGCUAUCGUUUUCUGA